AUGAAGAAUUCACAAUUACAGUUGUUCCACCAAAUUAUAGACCAAAGUUAUACAUUGUUCCAUCUGAAUACCUAUAUUACAUUCCAGAUUCUGAAGUUUCUUUUCUUGGCUUCAGUCUACGAUCAAGAUUCAGGUGAUAAACCACUCACAAGCAAAGGUUUUCUUCACCACAAUGCAGAAGUUGCAACACAGAAGUUGCAACAGCAAGAUCUUAAGACAUUCAAAUUCAAAGUUCCAAAAGACACAGCAGCAGGUGAAUAUGAAGUCAAAGUCACAGCUACAGAUGGCAAGAAGAUUGGAACAAAGAAGUUCACAAUCACAAUCAAGAAUAACACAGUUCUCACAAUCUAUUUCGAACCAAAACUUAAUGCCACAUACAACAAAGGCGACAAGGUCAACUUCACAGCUGUCAUCAAUGAUCCAGAUACAAACUUCGAUAACAAGUUCACUGUUUCUCUGUUCUACAACGAUAAAGUCAAGAAGACGAUCACAUCAACUAACGAUGCAGGAUUAGUCAGAGUUCCACUUGAUUUCACCAUCCCAACAACAGAAACAAACACAACAGCCGAAAUCAAGAUCGUAGUCACAACACCAACCGAAUCCUCUGAAAAAUUAACAAAUAUCAACAUCUAUCAAGAUGUUAUCGCAAGUGAUUCUGCAACAGGAAAGAUUGCUACAAAGGAAGCUAAAAAGAAGACCGCCCUUGUUGCAGUUCUCUGUGUCUUAGCUGUCAUUGCUGUUGUUGUUGCGGUAGUCGUUAUUAUUCUUUGGUUAAGAAAGUAA